AUGCUUCACUCCACGAGAACGGCGGCUCGUCUCCUUCCACGAGCUUCGACCCCUUUGACUGCUCAGCUUUUGACGCCGGGAAGUCGAAUUCCGAAAUACGGAGGCCUUAAGAGUAGGACCGUCGCCGCCCUCUACCCUUCGAGACGACAAUACUCAAACAGCCCCUAUGACAAAAUUGAUGUCAAGGCCGAAGAGGAAGUUGGCAAGAAGAAGAUUGAGUCUCGUCCUGAAGAUGUUUCUGUAGAUUCGUCUACACGCCAGGUUUUCGAGUCCAGUCCGGCCGCACAGAACAAUGACAGUGUUCAAGAUGGCCUCGUACACGACCUGGGCAUGGAAUACACGGCCAAGACCAUCUCAUCUUCGCGCACCAACUUCCGUUAUGGCAUGGGCGUCCUCGCGCCUGUCGUUGCGUGGCCUACCCUCUUCAUGCCGAUCGAGGCGGCGUUGAUCACACAAUUUUCUGCUUUCACAGGCCUGUACCUGGCCGAUGCUCGCGCGACGACGCGUGGCUGGACGCCGCCCUGGUACACCAAGUACAGAUUCAUCCUGACGGGCAUCGUCGGUGUUGCGAUCUUCGUCAGCCUUGUCGGUCGGGCCAAGGUUGGUUCGGCCGCCCCUCGUUUGGGUCAAGGCCUUUCGGACAGAGUCCAUGAGAACCUCCCAAACAAGGACGUCGAUUGGGCAGCACUAGAGAAGAAGGAAAAGGAGAAGAACAGGAAGCUAAAGGCCGAGGCCGAACGCAAGCAGAAGGAGGAGGAAGCUGGCAGCAAGGACGGUGGUCGUAAGCAAAGCGGAAAAGGCAAAAAGUCCGCUGGCGAUGCUAAGGAUAAGACCAAGAAGGAAGACAAGUUUGCGGAGGAUCCGAACAAGAACGGCGACAAGGCCGGCGGCCAGGCUGACAGUGAAUCCGAAAACCAGCCCGACACCAAGUCAGACGGCAAAGAGUCCAAAGGCAAGGAAUCCAGCGGGCAGGCUAAGGGUGGGCCUGAAGAUGAGGGCGUCAGUGGCGGUAAAUCGACUGACAAACUAGCCGGAGACGAAGACAAGAAGGACGAGACUGAGAACACUGGCGACGAGAAGGCGAGCAAAGAAGGCGGCAAGGAAAAGUCGAAAAGGUGA